AUGCGUGGCCGUAUGCUUCACAUUGGAAAGGACGGUCAUUUGGUGAGCCAGAAUUAUGGUGUUCACGGCGAGUGUAUUAACUCGGUGGAUCGUGCCAAGUUGAACGAAGAUUUGAUUACGGCAGCAGAAGCAUUGAGCAAUGUAAAGGUGACAUUUAAUCAUGCACUUAGGAAGGCUGAUCUGGACAAGGGAAUCCUUGAGCUAGAGAACAAGAAUACAAAGGAAAUUAUCAAGGCAGAGGCUGAUCUGAUCAUUGGAUGCGAUGGCGCUUACUCGUCUGUCAGGAACUCAUUGAUGCGCUAUGUUAGAAUGGAUUUUGAGCAGGGCUAUAUUCCUCAUGGAUACUGCGAAUUGAGCAUCCCACCAAAGAUCGGGACCAAUGGCAAGCAAGAAUUUGCCAUGGACCCUGAACAUCUUCAUAUCUGGCCUCGUCACAAGUUCAUGAUGAUUGCUCUUCCCAACCCUGACAAAUCCUUUACAGUGACGCUGUUCAUGCCAUUCGCCAAUUUUGAAAAGAUCCACAACGAGAAAGAUUUACUCGAGUUCUUUGAAACAUACUUUGCAGAUGCUAUCCCGCUUAUGGGCAAGGACCUUCUGAUCAAAGAAUAUUUCAAGAAUCCUAAAGGUUCUCUUGUCAUGAUCAAGGCUAACCCAUACCAUUACAAGGAUCGUUGCAUUAUCCUCGGGGAUGCAGCCCACAGCAUGGUGCCAUUCUAUGGCCAGGGAAUGAACUGUGGAUUUGAGGAUGUCCGCAUUCUGGAUUCACUUUUCUCAGAGUUUGAUGUCAAAGCAACAGUGCAAGGUGAUUCAGACAAGUCAUUGCAACGAGCACUUCAAGCUUACACAGAUAGAAGAGCCAAGGAUUUGAAAGCGAUCUGUGAGCUAGCGCUUCUCAACUAUACCGAGAUGCGUCAUGGAGUCACCUCACCUACGUAUCUGAUGCGUAAGAAAGUCGAGAGUUGGUUGCAUUUAUUGGUGCCAACAAAAGUGAUUCCCCUAUACACAAUGGUCAGCUUCUCGAACCGGCCUUAUUCAGAGGCCUAUGCACGUCAUAAAGCUCAAGGAUUCUGGUUGGGAGCUGCAGGAACUACGGUCGGUUUGGGAGCUGCAGUCGGACUGGCAUUGGCAGGUUGGAAAGAGAGAAGACAUUUGAAGGACAUGGCCGAGCUGUUGAAGGUAUCCUUUUUAACAGUCGUUCAGUCUGCCAUGAAACUCAUCCAAUAA